UAAAUAUACAGGGGAAUUAUGGGAUUAGAUGUCGUUAAGGAUGUAAAGAGCAGACCCAAAUUAAGGUGUAAGUCAAUUCCUGCUAGAGUGCCUAAUACCUUACCGAAUUCUGUGAUUCUUAGACUAAAGACAAAUGCCAUCCGAAAUAGAAGAUUGUGUAUUUAUUUGAAAUGUAUUUUUGGAGCGAUUGGAAUUGUUUUCAUGAUUGUAGAAGGAGAAUUAUUUAUUUCCAAAACACUGGAGAAAGACUCUUUUGCAUCGAAUGCCUUAAAAUCUGUCAUAUCAAUUUCUACGGCAAUUUUACUUCUCUUUAUAAUUCUACAACACAAAUAUCAAAGACGAAUUGAACAAUACUUUAACCGGCAUAGAAAAUGGCGAUGGUGUGUCGAGAUGAUCAUUGAAAUUUUGGUUUGCAUUGUUCACCCUUUUCCUGGAAGUAUGAAAAUCCCGAAGCCUUUGCAAACAAUGUCAAAAGAGAGUUCCGAAUUGACACGAGAUCAUGUUUACCUCGACGGUUAUCUGUCUUUGUUCAUGAUAUUCCGUUUCUAUUUGUUUGGACAAUUAAUUUCCGAGUUGCUUUCAUCCCAACUAUUUUCGAACAGAACGCUUGCUAAACACUUAGCAGGACUAACAAGUGUCAGGCUGAAUUCUGCAUUUAUAAUGAAAUAUCUCCUUUUUCGAUACCCAUUUAAAUUUGUGAUUGCCAUCCUAAUGAUUGUUUUAAUAACAAACUCCUAUGCAAUGCAGACUUGUGAGUCGUAUACCUUCCCGGGCUCAGAAAUGACGUCAUUUCUGAACUCUCUCUGGUUGGUCAUGAUAACAUUCUUAACAAUAGGUUAUGGAGACUUUUACCCCGUAAGUUUUUGCGGUAGGUGUGUGUCGGCUUCAACUGGUUUCUUGGGAAUAGGCCUCACUGGUUUUAUUUUCUCUGUUUUUGUUCAUCAGUUUGAAAUGAACCGUGACGAAAAGUAUCUUCUGAAAUUUUCCAAAGAAGAAAAGCGGAAGCAGCAGAGACGAAUAGCUGCAUCCAAUGUUAUCAAGUGCUUUUACAAGGCAGCAAAAAGUAAAGGACAAAAAUCAAAAUACCAGGUAUGGAAAGUGAAGUUCUGGAAAGCGGUUAGUGUUAUGAGACGAUCUGCAAAGAAAUGUAAAUAUUAUCAUGAUAUUGACCUGGUCGAUAUACAACGCACGGUUCAGAAUAUUGAGAAAAGACAGAAUGAAAUUCUUAAUCUUCUGAGUCAUUUGCGAGACAAUCGUAUGACGGACGAAAACUCAAACACGAGCCUGUAGAUGUCAGAUGC